CACGGAAUGCCGCCUGUUGCAUAACCUGAGAAGGUAGCAAGGUCCAAAGUCAGCCAACGACUCAGGUGCAUCCAGCGCUACUUGGUAUCCGAAGAUCAAUUUGCGCAAGCACCCAGUCUUUUUCCGAUUCAGAAUCCCUCGACAUGAGUACGACCCAGUGAAAUCCCGCCGCUAUGGUUCAGGGACUGUCUCGACCAUCAAAGCCACGUCCUGUCCUGAGCAGAACCACUACGCCUGCUGUCGACGAUGUUCGGCCAUCGGCGACUCGCGCUCAAGUUCGCCCUCAUGGUACAAAACGGCACGAAGACGAGCCUGUUGUGAACUACAUUAAACGCACACUAUGUGCAGCGGAUGGCCGUGAUGCUGGCUUGGGACCACUAGCAUCGGAGUCAUUACAUCGAAGCAUCAUCGCAUCGCAGCCCCUGGAAAGUUUACUUCCGCCUUUGACAAGUUCAAAUGCUAUCGAUCUGCAGCUCUAUGCUCUCAUCGCUGUGAUCCUGGACAACUUCGUGCACACUUGGUAUGGUCGCAUCACAAACGAUCGGCAAUUCACAUCCGAGAUUGUGCGAAUAAUUGCCCAUUGUGUCCAAGGCGUAGAGGAACGCCUGCAACGGUUGGAUCUCAUCGCGGUCCUCUUUGACGAACUUCCCGCUCUGAUCAUGGAACAUAUAGACGCGGUAAGAAUCGCCAAGAACAGUCUUGGAGGAUACGGUCCACUUCCCACUCCUUCUGAUGUCAGGACUCGCUACCUUGCUCUGAACCCUCAUGUGGCACUAAGUCCGGUACCAUCAACUGAGACGCUCGAACGCGAUCAGCAAAGUAAUGAAGCUGCAUGGGCACUUUUGUUGGCGAACCGCAUUUUGCCUCUGCUGCUCCCAGCCGGAGAUUUGUCCAAUCCAUGCCUGGACGUCCUUGUUACUGAGAUCUUUGCGGAUAUGGUUAUCCGAGAUGGAUUGUGCGGCAAAGCGAGCGAGCCGUGGCUGCUAUGGGAGGGCGUGACGAAGGCUAUCACCUCAAGUCGGCGGCACAAAUCUCACUCGACCCCUGCGCCAUCACCGCAAUCAGCAGUGGAAAAUCUUAUCAGAGGGCAGCCCACGACACAGGCUACAGGCUUCGAAGCACGUUGGCAUCUUGUUGUAUUUGCAUUCUGGUCGUUCGUGCAAGCCGUCACAACAGCGAUACAGCUGUUUCGUACUCUGACGACAACUAUAACGCAAGCAGCGACACUACCAGCCCGCACCCAAUAUACCCCUGUCAUGAAAGAGCAUCUUCCCAAUACAGACGAAGCGAACAGGCGUCCCAUUAUCAGUAUGUCCAUGUGGACUUGUGGAUCUCGUCUGUUAGCAUUAGAGCAACGCAUGCCAUGGCUGACGGGCCUCUUGUCACUGCUACAUUGGUUCGGAAUUUCCGGUCCUGGGAGGGUGUGCGAAUAUGAUAGCAGAUUGGACAGACUACUCACGUCCACACUCGCGAAAACCCUCCAUCGUCCCGCGACCUGGCUUCCGUCUUCUCUCGCCCUCGUAAGGACAUCGCUCUUCCCGCAAAAUCAGCCCGCGCCCCCACGUGCAUCAAUCCCAACUCCCUCUGAGGCCAUCGAAUUGCGUGCGGAAUGCGCUCGCACCAUCAUCGAUGCGCUCCCACACGCAGCGCGACGCGUGAUCUUUGCGACAACGGACCUUCGAGAUAUGCAGCGCGAUCUCGAAAGGGAUGUGCUGGAUCUGAUUGGAGAUAAGUAUCUAAAUAAGCACUUGUUGGUCCGGAUUGUGGAUUUAUUGGCCGUGAGGCUGUUUCCGGAGAUUGGAAGGGAGUGGCUGUGACAAGGACAUUCGGCGAUGAUGAAUCUCAUGGUUCAGAUCGAUCUCGCUGAAGAUUAUUUUUACCUUUUGAAUAUUUGUCAACAAGAACUGGCGUUAAUGAUGAUGACUCGUCCAAUGUUCGCUCAAAUUGUCCGGUUUCUGCAAGCGAGACUGUGACGGCCUGUCAGAGCAAGUAACAGCUGUAGUUGCAUUCGGGGA